CCUAAGCUGACGUCAGCCCGGUACCGAUGAACAACCGGUAUCAUUGGAGAGAAAGCUGUGUGGUUUCCCGUUGUUUGUAGCUUUUGUCCGCUGAUCCCCCUGUCAAACGUGCAAGCAUCAUGCCUUUCGAUGUGAGGAGAUUUGAUAUCUACAGGAAAGUGCCAAAAGAUCUCACCCAGCCCACUUACACAGGAGCUUUCAUUUCCAUCCUCUGCUGUGUCUUUAUACUCUUCCUGUUCCUGUCUGAGCUGACGGGAUUCAUAGCCACUGAAAUUGUAAAUGAACUGUAUGUGGAUGAUCCUGAUAAAGACAGUGGUGGGAAGAUAGAUGUGAGUUUAAACAUCAGUUUGCCAAACUUACACUGUGAUUUGGUGGGUUUGGACAUCCAGGAUGAGAUGGGCCGCCAUGAGGUCGGUCACAUAGAUAACUCGAUGAAGGUUGCUCUCAAUCAGGGAGAUGGAUGUCGCUUCGAAGGAGAGUUCACCAUCAACAAAGUGCCAGGAAACUUCCAUGUGUCGACACACAGCGCUACAGCCCAACCUCAAAGCCCUGACAUGACCCACAUCAUACACAAACUGGCCUUUGGAGAGAAGCUGCAGGUUCGAAAAGUCCAAGGCGCCUUCAAUGCGUUAGGAGGAGCUGACAAGCUGUCAUCUAACCCUCUGGCCUCACAUGACUACAUACUGAAGAUCGUACCAACAGUUUAUGAAGACCUUUCAGGCAAACAGAGGUUCUCCUACCAGUACACGGUAGCCAACAAGGAAUAUGUUGCUUACAGCCACACGGGCAGGAUCAUCCCGGCCAUCUGGUUCCGAUAUGACCUCAGCCCAAUCACAGUCAAGUACACAGAGAGGAGACAGCCCCUGUACCGCUUCAUCACAACAAUCUGUGCCAUCGUUGGAGGGACGUUCACAGUUGCAGGCAUCAUUGACUCCUGUAUAUUCACCGCUUCAGAAGCCUGGAAGAAGAUCCAGAUAGGAAAAAUGUCCUGAGGACCACUCCUCAACCCGUCUCACAUCUUAUUUAUAAGUUCAAAGUACCUAGCCUGUUAGUUAAAUCCACUCCAGCUCGAACCAGCUUCCUUGUGGAUGACCAAUGAAGUGGCUCCAGCACUCGAUCUAACUACCAGGCUAGGUGGCCGCAUCUCUGUUACUGAAGCUCCUCUCGGUGCUCCAUCUGCUCUGACGAUGUGUGGACGCUGACUAUCACAUGUCCGCUUCCUCCGUCUUCAGUGUCAGGAGAGGAGAGGGAAGCUGUUGUGUUACUGUGGAGAUGAAAUCUAAAGUACUGUGUGUCAGGUAUUUGAAGGCUGCAGCUGAUAUUUUUAGAAUGAAGUAAUAAGAAAAAAUGCUGAUAUUAUGUGAUGAAAUGCAAAAUCAUGGCACCAAGACACAAAUCUGUCUGCUCUAUAUAUUAUUAUAAUUAUAGGGAAGCUUUGGAAUUAUGGGUGAAAUUAAUUUGUAUGAUUUACUGUUAAAAUCACAUAAUUCCUGUGUUUGGAUCCCCCAUACUGCAAAAGGGACUACUCAUUUGAAGGAAGUGUUUGGGUUUAUAAACCUGUACGUGGCAUAAAUACCUGAACUCUAAAGUGUUCCUGUUACUUACACUGUCUCUAAAACUUUUGUACUAUGUUAUAUGAUCUCUUUUUUUCAGCUCAUCUCCUAUUUUUAUCUCCCAGUAUUAAAACCGUGUGCCUUUAGGUUUGCUGUUCCACUUCACCAAAUGAUCAUCUGCUCUCAUUUUCUUUCCUCUGUGACUGCCACCAAAAGCAGCAUUUUCACAGGAUCUGUCAUGCAUGUUACAGCAUGCUAUAUAGCAUCUAUGUAGAUUCAGGUUUCAGACAUUUAUUCUUCAAUACAGUCCUCAUUGUCUAACUUUCUGUCCAUUUUUUACCAAGCCGUUAAUCACCACUGUUAAGUCCUUGUUUAGAAAUAUGUGCGGAAAAGAGACUUUGUCAUUCAAUUUCAGUAUUUGCCAAAAAUGUAGUGAAUGUUUAGUUUUUUCUAUGAGAAAUUGAUUUUGUUAGAUUUGAUUUACAUGGUACAUAUAUGUGUUGACUGAUGGGGUUUAUUUUUUAAAUGAAGUUGUUAAAUGUAAAAGUUUGGCUCUUUGCAGAGAUAUUUUGUAAGCCAAGAUGUUUUUUUUACUCUUGGGUCUCUUUUUUUUCUUUUAUACUGUUGAAAGCGCAGCUUUUCUGAUCCAGGACAGUGAUAAUCACAGAUCCUCAAAACCGGUCUUUUUACUCUAAAGGUCAUCCAUUUCAUCUUGUCUCAAAUUACUCUGUAAUGCUAUUUGUUCCUCAAGUAAAGGCAUUAUAGAAGUUACUGUUGUGUUUUCAUGUUGCUCUAAAUUGCCUGCAAUUUAUUUCCUGUUUAAACAGGUUUCAGUUUGAGUGUAACUGUUCUUGUGAUGGUUCAUGUAAAUAUAGAUAUGACUC